GUAGAGGUAGUUAUUAUAAAUUUUGAACAGUUGGAGCAACUGCUAUCCAUUCAGGCACAUGGAGAUGUUAUCUUUUGAUUUUAUUAAGUUACAUGAAGCAGAUAUGAUGAGUCAUUGUCACUUACACAGAUACACAUGAGUCACUUCAGAUUUUGUAGCUAGUUCUAAGCAUUUAUUUCCCAUAGGCCUUAUAGAUAAGACACUAAUACACACAUACAAGCUUGGUGCUAACAGGGUACAUGACCUGACCAUGACCUAAAUCUCACUGUGACUUAGGUCUCUAAUCAGUUUCACAAUAUCUUCAGGUAUACAUACAGAUUCUGGAUAGUCCCUGUGACCUGGUAAUGUUGUGACAGGGCUGGGGGGUAUCUCUUUGAGAAGCCUCCUCCCCUCCUUCAAAGAGGCCUAAAUUUAGGUCCAGCCAACACCAGGGACAUAAGACUGGCUGUGGGGGUGCUGGUGUGAGUGGCGGUUGGUUUUCAGACUGCCUAUGAGUAGUGACAGUAUUUCCCAGCAAAUAAAGGAACUACAAGUGAUUGCCAGAGUCAGGAAGUUUCUCUAGGCUGUUUCGCAAGUUCAUGCUGGUUCUACAAACAAAAGGGGGGCUGCUGAAUUUCUUUUUUGGAUUCUAUGUAUUGACUUCAAGGUAGGGGUAUCGAAGGCUGAGGGAUCUGUGAUAAAAUGGAGAACGAGACACAUGAAGGUAGAUUGCCUCUUGUUGAAGAAACAAAGGUGAAGGUGCUCUUUGAAACAGAAGCAUCAGGAGGCCCUGAUGGUAAAACUGACUACCCUCCAGCUGGGAGUAACUCCAUCUACUCUGCGAUUCUGAGCAGAAAUGAGGCCGUCAAGGAUGCCAAGCGUCUCAAGACUUUUUUGGAACUGCGAGACAAAUACGUGAAGAAGAAAGUGAUUUUUGAAGACCCUCUGUUUCCUGCUGAUGACUCCUCACUCUUUUACAGUCAUAAACCCUCGAUGAAGAUUGAAUGGAAGCGUCCCUCGGAAAUAUGUGAAAACCCAGAGUUCAUCGUAGACGGAGCCAACAGGACAGACAUCUGUCAAGGAGAAUUGGGUGACUGCUGGCUACUGGCUGCCAUCGCCUCUCUGACACUGAAUGAGAAGCUGCUGUACAGAGUGAUUCCCCCAGAUCAGAGCUUCACUGAGAACUACGCCGGCAUCUUCCACUUCCAGUUCUGGCGCUACGGAGAAUGGAUCGAUGUAAUUGUGGACGACCGCCUCCCUACCUGUAACAACCAGCUGGUUUUUACCAAAUCUUUCAGGAAGAAUGAGUUCUGGAGUGCUCUUGUGGAAAAAGCUUACGCCAAGUUGCAUGGGUCAUAUGAAGCGCUGAAAGGUGGCAACACUUUGGAAGCCAUGGAGGACUUCACAGGAGGUGUUACUGAGUUCUUUGAGCUGUCUGAAGCACCUAAAGAGCUCUACAACAUCAUGAAGAAGGCACUGGAAAGAGGCUCACUGAUGGGCUGCUCCAUAGAUAUUCUUUCAGCCAGUGAAAUGGAGAGUCGGACCGAACAGGGGCUGGUCAGGGGUCAUGCUUACUCUAUCAUAGGCCUGGCUGAGUGUGAUGAGGUUGGAAAGAAGACAAAGAUUCGCUUGAUUCGCUUACGUAAUCCCUGGGGUUGGGUGCUGUGGAAGGGUCCAUGGAGCCCGAAUUCAAAUGACUGGUCCACUCUUUCCGUUGCAGACAGAGAAAAUCUGAAAAAACAGACCGUGGAGGCCAGUGAGUUCUGGAUGUCUUUUGAGGAUUUCAAGAAGAACUUCACAAAGCUGGAGAUGUGUAACCUGACCCCCGACACACUGCAGGUUGAUGAGAGACAAACCUGGACUGUGUCUGUCAAUGAGGGACGCUGGGUGAGAGGAAGCUCUGCAGGUGGCUGCAGGAACUUCCCAGACACAUUCUGGACUAACCCUCAGUAUCGGCUGCAGCUGUAUGAGGAGGAUGAUGACCCGGAGGAAGGGAAGGUUGUCUGCACGUUUGUCGUGGCUUUGAUGCAGAAGGGUCGCAGGAUGCAGCGCCAUCAAGGGGCCAAAUUCCUCACCAUUGGAUUUUCUAUCUACGAGGUGCCAAAGGAGAUGUGUGGACAGAAUCAACAUCUCCAGAAGGACUUCUUCCUGUACACGGCCUCCAAAGCAAAAUGCAAGACCUACAUUAACCUACGGGAGGUGACCGAACGGAUCCGUCUGCCUCCAGGGGAAUACGCCAUCAUCCCCACGACCUUUGAUCCCAAUCAAGAAGGAGAGUUCAUCCUCAGGGUCUUCUCGGAGAAGCAGAGCAUGUCUGAGGAGGCGGAGAACCCGAUUGGUUCCGACCAACUGCAGCAAGACAACAAAAAAAAAGAAAAGCCUAUUGUAUUUGUGUCAGACAGAGCGCGGGCCAACAAAGAAAUUGAGCAUGACGGCAUUAAGGGAGAGAAGAAGAAGAAACCAAAGCGGAAACUGCUUGAGCCUGAGGAAGAGACUGAGGAGGAAAAACAGUUCAGAUUGAUUUACCAAAAGAUUGCUGGUGAGGACAUGCAGAUCUGUGCCAAUGAACUGAAGACAGUCAUGAAGAACGUUCUCUCCAAACAUAGUGAAAUUAAAACGGAGGGUUUCAGCCUUGAAACAUGUCGGAGUAUGAUUGCCUUAAUGGAUACUGAUGGAACAGGGAAGCUGAACCUGCAAGAGUUCAAACACUUGUGGAAAAAGAUCAAGGCAUGGCAGAUGAUCUUCAAACGUUAUGAUAAAAACAAAUCCUGCUCCAUCAGUAGUUUUGAGAUGAGGAAUGCUGUAAAUGAAGCAGGGUUUCACCUCAACAACCAGUUAUAUGCCAUCAUAGCGAUGCGCUACGCAGACGAACACCUCAACAUCGACUUUGACAGCUACAUCUGCUGUUUUGUGAGGCUAGAGGGCAUGUUCAGAGCGUUCAAUGCCUUCGACAAAGAUGGAGAUGGAGUAAUCAAACUCAACGUCCUGGAGUGGCUUCAGCUGACCAUGUACUCUUAAGUCACUUGCUUGUGGCCUGAUGCUGCUACAGAGAGGUGGCGCUUGUGGUUCACGACUCAACUUCUGGACAGCUUCUUCAUUUCCUUAAAAAUAACUUUUGCACACAUUUUAUGACUGAAGUAAAAUCCAAGUCUUGAAGUACAAAUGUGA